CCUUGACUCUUGAGGACACCUUUGGCUUCCCAAUGAAAAAUAAUAAUUCCAGAACAACAACCACUCGCCCUUCUCUGUCCUCCUAGAAGUAAAGCCUAUUCAGGACAGAAGCAGGAGUAAAACAGGAGUGAAUAUUGUCAUUGCAUUGCAGUUCCAUCCUCUGUUGUUGUCCCAGCCUUCGCUCCGCAACCGCGACCUCGUCCUCGCAAGAUAUCGAGCUCCAUAUUCCUUUGAUACUACGCAGCAACAAUGGCUCAAACUCCUGCUCAGAGAAAGGCAAACGAGAAGUUCGCCAAGUUAGAGAGUGCAAAGCGUGGGAAACCCCAGAAUAGCAUUAAAAAGGGGGGCGAGAAAGGAAAGUCGCCAAUAUCGACUAGCUGGAUCAUUGUCCUCGCAUUCUUGAUCUGUGGAGGCGUGAUCUUCGAGGUGUUACGGAUGUUUUUCUAAACGGGGCGAUGGAAGAGCGGAACAGCGUGCGAAGCAGAGGCAGGCAAAGGCCGAGCAAUCACUGUCAUAUUUGAGUUCACUGCAUUCGCACGGAACUCCGUGCAUUAUUCAUAUAUAUGGCGUCUAGGUGGCGGGUCAAUCUGACUAUAGCACGACAUGGGAUGGGUUGGUUGAGAGUCAAAAGGCUCAUCGGUCUCGGAGCAUUGUAAAAGAUUUUCUGUCAUUCGACUUGGUAACAAAAGCGGUACUCGUCUUAUGAAGGCUCUUCGAAUGCCACUUGUCGUCUCUUCUUCUUGACCUUGGUUGUCGGUGCCAGUGAAUCCUCUUGUGCGGCUUGCUGUCCCAUCCCUUCCAUUGGGGUCGCAGCUUUUGUCUUUUUCUUCUUCUUCUUCUUCUUCUUGACCUCUUCCGUCCCUUCUGAUGC